UCUUCACUUGACAGCUUCGGUGAGUCAGGGGAGCCGCGUGUUUGUUUACUUCAUUGCUUAGCAUUCUGCGUUUGUGUGGAAUUCGUCAGAGAUGUUGGGUGUGAGGAGUUUCUUCUUCUGACAGUGCAAUGUGGCAUCUCUGUUCGUAAUCUGUUGUGCGAAUCGAGUGCGCAGUCAAGGCUAAUGCACCAGGCGGAGGUUCAAACUUGCAUUGUCUGGAUUUAAGGGGCACUCAUCACGUCUUGUGUUAAAAGGCAGCGCAUCCGUGAUUUGUUUCUACACUCGCAGUUUAAGUGCAGCUUUUCAUUCUCGGGAAGUUGUUUCGAGAGUCGCUUCUUGCUCUCCCUAUGUUUUUUUUUUUCUUUUAGUCGAAGAAGGGAGUAAGUCUGGGACGUUUCCGUUUGUCGUGACACAUUCCUCCUGCGUCAUCUGGGCUAGGAGAAGCGCCGUUACGGUCGAUAGUUGUUUUUGAGAGCUUUUAAAUUCGUCCCUGUUCAAGAAGGUUUCCCGUCUUCUCUUAAUUCUGGAGCUACGUCUGAAUUGGUUGCAGUAAUGAGUCCAUUUAGUGGUUCAUAAUUUGAAGGUGUCCGAGUUUCUGUGUUGGAGUUUCUUGGUGUGCACUGUCUGUCGAUCGUUUACAAGGGUGUAGUCUCCUGCUUUCGCUAGGAAGCGGGGUUUGUGUGACCUGCAUGUCAACUCACGCAUUGGAGAAGAUGUCGAAGAAGCGUUGAGAUUAGAAUCGCAGAGUGCGGAGGGAUUGUGUUCUACAAAACUCUUGUAUACAGAAAUCUGUAGGGGAGAUUGAGAUGGAGUCACACAGACAGAGCCGUCGUCCACCGCCCGGUAUUGCUCUCCUUAGGAAGCUCAAGGGAGGCAGGGAUUUCAGCUAUACGACGUACCAGGCUAUAGUCCUUUUAGUCACCUUCAUCGCGUACGCUCUGUUUCACGCGUCGCGUAAGCCGCCUAGCAUCGUGAAGAGUGUGCUGGAUCCUGAGGGCUCUGUCAUCUCUACCCUGGGAUCUGGACACUACGCCCUCCCUGCAUCUUUGACGCCAUCCUUCGAAAAAUUGUUUUACAAUGGCUCUGCUGAAUUCAAUUCCACCGAAAAUAAAAUUGCUCAGGGAGGGUGGGCGCCAUUUGAUGGCAAGACAGGGAAGAAUAGGCUCGGGGAAAUUGACGUUGCCUUCCUGGCGUCGUAUGCCUUUGGCAUGUACUUUGCAGGGCACUUGGGAGACCGCCUGGACUUGCGGAAAUUCCUGUCUGUUGGUAUGAUGUGCAGUGGCUUCUGUGUGUGCUUAUUCGGGAUGGCUCGCUUUUGGGACAUACAUCGUCUCGAGUAUUUUUUGCUUGUGCAAAUGGCUGCCGGACUUUUCCAAGCCACUGGCUGGCCUUCCGUAGUCACCAUCGUCGGGAACUGGUUUGGAAAGAAGAAGCGGGGCUUAAUUAUGGGGAUUUGGAAUGCGCACACCUCCAUUGGUAACAUCCUUGGGUCCCUCAUUGCCGCUGCGGCGCUCAAGUAUGGAUGGGGUUGGUCAUUCAUCGUUCCCGGUGCCCUUUUGGCUGGAGGCGGCCUCAUGGUGUGGACCUUCCUCACCGUGAAGCCUGGUGAUCUGGGCUUGCUGUGUCCUGAAGAAGUCGAGGCUGUUGCAGAAGAACCUGGCUCUGAUCACACAGAUUUGACUGCGAAUCAGAACAAGGAUUUAGAUGUGGCAGUUGAGUCUGAGUCAUUAGACUUGGAGUCACAGCAGCUUGUUGAAGCAAAUCAAGAUGCGCCAGAAUUGGGCAGGAUCGAUCUUGCUGUUGGGUUUCUUGAGGCAUGGAGAAUUCCUGGAGUCGCCACUUUCGCUCUCUGCUUGUUUUUUUCGAAGCUCGUGGCGUACACCUUCCUGUACUGGCUUCCAUUCUACAUCAGACAAACACCCAUCGCAGGAAAGAUUAUGGACGAAAAGACAGCAGGUCAACUGUCAACACUAUUUGAUGUAGGGGGUGUAGUUGGAGGUAUCUUGGCUGGCCACAUCUCAGACAAGAUGAAUGCAAGGGCCAUUACAGCUGCUGGGUUUAUGUAUUGCGCGAUUCCCGCUCUCUUCCUAUACAGGAGCUAUGGCAGUGUUUCCUUGACGGUCAACAUCGUACUGAUGGUAGUCGCGGGGAUGUUAAUUAACGGGCCUUAUGCACUUAUCACGACGGCUGUUUCAGCUGACCUGGGGACGCACAGCUCACUGAAAGGAAAUGGCAGAGCUUUAGCUACGGUUACUGCGAUUAUCGAUGGAACAGGUUCCUUGGGAGCUGCGAUUGGACCUUUGCUGACGGGAUUUCUAUCAGGUCAAGGUUGGGGUGCGGUCUUCGUGAUGCUCAUGAUGGCCGCGCUGUUUGCUGGCUUGCUCCUGACGAAGUUGGUCGUAGCGGAGGUGGUGGAAAAGCUUGUAAAAUAUCAACGCGUUCAAAAUCUCUCAGAAACAGCUCGAGAGCAACUGACGGAUUUGUUGAUAGGAGGAGGGAAAAAAUGAGACGGGUAUGGGAAGAGGAAAACUCAGCACAUAAGAGUUUGUCUACAUAUAUUCCAGGCCUAUCGUAUAUUAUCUUCAUCAAAUGAUCAAAACUUUCCCCGAAAGCUUUCGAGGUUGUAUCGUUGACUCAGGAUGCAUUAUUACGCUCGAUCAAUCAAAUGUUGCAGAGUUGUGAGGAGCAUUCCCUGCUCUGAGCCUAUCCAAUGCGCUGGCGAUUCUCGCAACAUACACGUAACGUGCCAACUACCUCGGGUUGGCCUAAGUCCCCAGUUGCAAGGAGAAAGACAGUCAUUGGAAAGAACAUGGCAACAUACAUUAAUUUUAUUAUUUCAGAGCCAAGCAAGUCUCAGGACGUUUUUGAAUAAGACUGGCCUGGAAGCGAUCAACUAGCCUGUCUCAACUGAGAGGCUUUUCUGCAGAUCCAGCAGCUCAAGUCAGAUAGUUCGAGCUGAGUAAGAUAACACUUUUGAUGAGGACAGUUUUUAAGCCACCCACCUAACAGGGAGAAGCACAUUGGGUGCACCAAGUUUGUGUCAAGGAAAAUCGUUGACUCAACAUUUUGUACAAAUUAGAUGAGAUAAUUUUUCUUUCUAUGAAUACUGAUCGCAAUGAAACUUUAGGGCUCAAACCUUACAGACAUGUCCAAACUUUUCAUGGAUAUCCACUGCAGGAUUGUGUGUCUUGUUUUGAGAAUGUGUUGAUAAAGAUCACAUGCAUUUUCAUAGUGUGUAGACUCAGGCAGGAAGUCGUGUCUGUGUCUGCCGAUGGGACAGGAGAAUGUUGAGCAUUCUGUAAGGGUUAGGUUAUCUUGGUUAUCCUCAGAAAGCCCCAAAACGUUAAGCUAUGUGCAGAUGUACAGAUUAUGCUGGUGCCAGUAACACCAUUUUAUAGAACAUGAAGCAACUUCACCUCAGAAAGUUGAAAAGUUAUAUGUAACUGGCUUUUAGUAAUGCUUACACUUUGGAGGUAUUUACUACA